AUGAACGCGAUUAAGAAACGCCUACAAACUCUAAAGAUUGAGAAGGAUUUGGCGAUGGAUAAGGCCGAUAUGUGCGAUCAACAGGCAAAAGAGGCAAAUCGACGGGAAGAGAAGCUGAAAGACGAGGUUCGGGAAUUAGCAAAGAAGUUAAUACAAAUGGAACGUGAUUUGGAACUAAGCAAGGCCCAGUUGGAAAAGUCAAAUAGAGAUCUCGAACAGAAAGAAAGAGUUUAUAUCGUGACUCAGUCGGAAUUAGCAGUUUUAAACAGAAAGAUGCAGCAGUGUAUACAUAAUUUGGAGAAAUCGGAGGAACGCCGUUUAACGGCGCAAACAAAGUUGGCGCAGGCAAUGGAAACUGCUGAAGAUGCGAAACGUAUCUGUAAAGUAUUAGAGAACAGAAGCAAACAGGAUGAAGAUAGGAUGGACCAGUUGAUGGCGCAACUGAAAGAAGCGAGACUGAUCGCUGAGGAUGCUGACACAAAAUCGGAUGAAAUUUCUAGAAAAUUGGUAUUCGUAGAGGAUGAACUGGAAGCUGCCGAAGAAAGAGUGAAGUCAAGCGAGGCGAAAAUUAUGGAACGGGAAGAUGAACUGUUUAUUGUUGGUAACAUAUUAAAAUCUCUAGAAGUAUCCGAAGAAAAGGCUAAUCAAAGGGUGGAAGAGUUCAAAUUGCAAUUGAAGGAAUUGAAAGCGAAAUUAAAAACUGCUGAGAAGAGGGCCAUCAUCGCAGAGAAAAUGGUAAAAGUAUUUUCAAAGGAACUAGAUGCGAGAGAAGACUUUCUAUUCAGAGAAAAGGAAAAAUACAAAUACAUCUGCGAUGAUAUGGACUCUACAUUCUCUGAACUCACCGGAUACUAG